UAACACUCCAUUCUCUUCUCUUUAGCAACAAAGCAAAAACCCCUCUUCCAUUUCUACAAAAUCUCCCAAAACCCCACUGAAUUUACUGUGUUAGUACCAAAAUUCAGUCUAAUUUGUGAAGUGGGUAAUUGAAAUUAUAAUCAUACAAUUAACAACAACUUUAAUUCCCAGAAAAAUGGCAACAAUUUCUUCCAUACUUCCAUGUCCUGGCUUACUUCAACACUCUUCUACUUCAAAACCCAAACAAAAUCUUGUUCAAUUGCUCUCUUUCAAUCAUGGGUUUUCUCUUAAACUGAAAACCAGUAUCUUUAUCUCUACAAAUCCGCCAUUGACAAAGAUUCGUGCUGUUGUAGCUGAAGAUACUUCUUCAUCUACUACAUCAUCUUCAGGUGAAGGUGGAAUUCCAAGAUUGUACAUUGGUAAUAUUCCAAGGAAUAUCAACAAUGAUGAGCUUCGUCGCAUUGUCGAAGAACAUGGCGCCGUCGAAAAAGCUGAGGUGAUGUAUGAUAAAUAUUCAGGAAGGAGCAGAAGGUUUGGUUUUGCUACAAUGAAGUCUGUUGAGGACGCAAAUACAGUGAUCGAGAAAUUGAACGACACUGAAAUUGAUGGACGUAAAAUCAAAGUGAACAUAACUGAGAAACCUUUGCAAACUGCGGAUUCAUCAGUGUUCCAGACUGAAGAGACUCAAUUUGUUGACAGUCCCUACAAAGUUUAUGUUGGCAAUCUUGCAAAGACGGUGACCAGUGAGUUGCUAAAGGAUUUCUUCUCAGAGAAAGGGAAGGUUCUCAGUGCUAAGGUUCAACGAACACCCGGGACUUCCAAGUCUAGUGGUUAUGGGUUUGUUAGUUUCUCUUCGGAAGAGGAAGUAGAGGCUGCAAUUGAAGCUCUCAACAAUGCUGUUUUGGAAGGGCAAAAGGUACGCGUAAAUAAAGCUUAGGACAUGAAAGAGGAUUGAGCUUGUCGACCGGGAAGUUAGUUGUAUGUUUUGUACGUGCCAUUAUGCUCUUUUGGUAGUGCUAAUUUCAUGCCAAAGUUAAUCAGAACAUUCGAAGCGUUAUGUUCUUGACUGCUUGCAUCUGAAACCUGAAGCUAUGUUGGUGCAGUAGAGGGAUCAGCAUUAAGUAGCCCCUGAUAAACAUAGUUGGUAUUAGAUUUUUGUUGAGAACAAUUGUGUUUGGCAGCAUGACAUCUUUGUUAUGUUACAUUUUGCUGAAUUGUGAAAUAUUAUGUUCUUUUCAAUUAUAAGAUGUUUAGUUGUUUUCUCA